AUGGGUCAGCAGGCGUGUAAGCCCCUCCCUAGGAUAAUGCGGAAGGCGGGAGACCCAAUGAACGUCUUCAACCUGCCAUCAGUUCACCAAGAAAUUAUAUACCCCACGCACAAACGCACUCUCAACUUUUCCGUCUGCAGAUGCUGGCAGUCGACCAAAUUUCCCAUAUGCGACAACUCGCACAAGGUGCUGCAGAAGCAAGGGUGCAACUGUGGCCCAGCCAUGCUAGAAGUGCGCCACGCGCCCAGUGUUACGGAGCCUCGAGAGUUCAGAAGUACUUCUGAAAGUAGCAAAGACAAGUUGUCAACGGGCUCCUUAUUUGGCGGUGCAGCAUCUGUGGCUGCUGCUGUUGCAGCUGGAGGCCACGCAUUAGGAUACUUCUGA